GGAGUGUUUUUGUUAGCUCAAAAAGGCUGGUAGCGGGGGAUGCGUUUAUAUUUCUGAGGGGUGAGAAUGGUGAACUUCGUGUUGGCGUGAGACGUGCAAUGAGGCAACAGGGCAAUGUUCCGUCUUCUGUCAUAUCCAGUCACAGCAUGCAUCUUGGUGUCCUUGCCACUGCAUGGCAUGCAGUCUCCACUGGAACCAUGUUCACAGUUUACUACAAGCCUAGAUUGCUGACGGCUUGUUGUUGCAGGACAAGCCCAGCAGAGUUCAUUGUUCCCUUUGAUCAGUACAUGGAAUCUGUGAAAAGCAAUUAUUCAAUUGGAAUGAGAUUCAAAAUGAGAUUUGAAGGCGAGGAGGCUCCUGAGCAGAGGUUUACUGGCACCAUUGUUGGCAUUGAAGAUGCUGACCCCCAAAGGUGGCGAGAUUCCAAAUGGAGAUGUCUCAAGGUGAGAUGGGACGAGACUUCUACCAUACCUAGGCCGGAGAGAGUUUCUCCUUGGAAGAUAGAGCCUGCACUGGCUCCUCCAGCCCUCAAUCCGCUUCCAAUGCCUAGGCCCAAAAGGCCCAGAUCAAACAUGGUUCCCUCUUCACCGGACUCCUCUAUUCUGACAAGGGAAGGCUCAUCUAAAGUAAAUGUAGACCCUUCAUCAGCUACUGGAUUUUCAAGGGUCUUGCAAGGUCAAGAAUACUCGACCUUGAGAGGCAAUUUUGCUGAGAGGGAUAGCAAUGAGUCUGAUACCGCAGAAAAGUCCAUUAUCUGGCAGCCUUCACUUGAUGAUGAGAAGAUUGAUGUGGUUUCUGCUCCAAGAAGAUAUGGAUCCGAGAACUGGGCGCCAGCAGGGAGGCAUGAACCAACUUAUACAGAUUUGCUGUCAGGCUUUGGGACGAAUGCUGAUUCUGUCCAUGGGUAUAGUCCAUCCAUUGAUCAGUCCUUACCAUCAGCAGUUCCAGUGAGAAAAAGCUUGCUGGAUCAAGAUGGAAAGUUUAACUUGCUUCAUCGUCCAUGGCCUUUGAUGCCCUCUAGUCUCUCACUUAAGUUGUCAGAGUCUAAUGCAAAGGUUUCAGUUCAAGGUGGUGAUAUAAGUUAUCAAGUACGAGGCAAUGGGGGAUAUGGUGGGUUCGGUGACUAUCCCACUCUUCAGAGUCGUAGAAUUGAGCCCUCUAACGGAAACUGGUUUAUGCCCCCUCUGCCCCCAUCUCAUUUUGAAAAUUCAGCUCAUUCGAGGGAGUUGAUGCAGAAACCCAUAUCGGUACAAGACCACGAGGCUGGCAAAUCCAAAGACUGCAAGCUCUUUGGCAUUCCCCUCUUCAGUAGUCGUGUUACACCAGAGCCUGCUGUAUCACAUCAAAACACAAUGACUGAGCCAGUGGGCCACAUGCAUCACCAAUUUUGUGCACUUGAAUCUGAUCCCAGGUCAGAACAAUCUAAGAGCCCUAAAUUGGCAGAUGAUAGUCUUGGUGUUAUCGAGCAGGAGAAACCGUCACAGACUUGUCAGCCUCAUCUAAAGGAUGUUCGUAGCAAGCCUCAGAGUGGGUCUUGUAGGAGUUGUACUAAGGUCCACAAGCAGGGAAUUGCACUUGGUAGGUCUGUGGACCUUUCAAAGUUUAACAACUAUGACGAAUUGAUUGCUGAAUUGGAUCAGUUGUUUGAAUUUGGCGGUGAACUAAUGGCUCCAAAAAAGAAAUGGCUCAUUAUAUACACUGAUGAUGAGGGUGACAUUAUGCUUGUUGGAGAUGAUCCCUGGCAGGAAUUUUGUGGCAUGGUCCGCAAAAUUUUCAUCUAUACAAGAGAGGAGGUCCAGAAGAUGAAACCAGGGUCCUUACUCUCUAAGGGUGACGAGAAUCUAUCCAUUGGGGAAAGUGCAGAUGCAAAAGAAGUGAAACAUCAGUCACUUUCUUCUGCAUGUAAUGGCGAAAAUUGUUAGGAAUGGCUUCCAUGGAUUCUAGGUAACUCUCUAGGUGUAUUUUCAAUAUGUUCUAUUUUUAGAACAGCCUGAUGCAGUAAACUUUCAUUUCUGAAAUUGUUGUUGAAGAGGAAAAAUAAGUGAACCCUUUUUGAACACCCGUGGUAUUUGUUAUGUUGUUUUUACUUGUUCCAUCUUCUGUCAUUCUAAAUAUUUAUGCCUGUCGAUAAUGUGGUCCUUUGCUUUUCCUAUGUUAGGUUUUGCGUGGUGUAUCAGUGAAAGAUUCUACAGCCAUUCCUGGUUGGAAAUAUGCGGUAAUAGAGAUGCAUAAGAGUCCAAUAGAGAUGGAUAAGAGUCCGCCGCAAUGUGAUGAACGGCACGGAUAUCCAAUUUUGGACAUGGCGUGUGGUGUCCGACUAUAUAAAUGCAUUAUAAUGUAUACCCCGUAUUUUGAGCAUGGCAAUCCUAGGCUUUGCUCCACCGAACAGUGGUAUCCCCUCUUGUAUAUAGUUGUUAAAUGUAAGUAGUUUAAGUCUAUAUAGCCUCUAAUGUCAUUUUGGGUAAUCAUACAAUCAGCUUCUAAUGUUUUAAUUAGUUGGUUUUCUUAUUUCAGUCAUCAUUGGUUAUAAGAAAGUUGUAGUGUACCCAUUUUUGCAA